AGACACAAAAAACAGAAGCUCACUGCUAACUUUCUUCUUCCUCAUUCACUGAACAAACACAUUAAACUCUGCUGAUCAUCAUUUCACAGGGAUGGGUGUUGGUCUGGCAGUUGUCAUUUUGCUCAUCGCUCUGAUGCAAGGUGUCUUUUGUCAAAUUUGGGGUGUGACGCUGCCCAAAAGCAUCAUGGGCCUCAGUGACUCCUGUGUCACAGUUCCAUGUCGCUUCAAGAUCCCCAACAAUGAGGAAGCAAACAUCCUAAACUGCUCAGACGGUGGGAUUUGGAGGAAAGGAAGCCUGACCGGUCCUUUCGUCUUCAAUGCACGCACUCCUCACUCUAACACCAUACAAGGGCAAAUACUCGGGGACUUAACGAAGAAGGAUUGCACUACAAUGUUCCACAGUUUCUCCAAAAACUACAGCGAUGUGUACUUCUUCAGGCUGGACUGUUCAAACCACGUCAAGUACAAUUUCGGUGAUGGAGUCAUCAUUACCUCCCUACCAGAGCUGCCUCCUCCCCUGCUGACCGCUGUGACUCAGGUGUCAGAGGGGGCCCAGGUCAGGCUGCAGUGUUCACUCCCAGUGCCUUGCUCCACCCUGCCCCCCUCCGUCACCUGGCUCCCCCGAGACUCCGGCCAGGAGCAGACACAAAUGCAGCAGAGUGUGGAGGAUGGACAGAUGAUCAUGACAUCCACACUGACCUUCAUCGCCUCAGCCGAGCAUCACAAGCAGAACAUCUCGUGCUCUGUCUCCUACCCGCUGACAAAAGGGGGCAGCAGUCAGCUAUCUUCAGCGACUCAGAGUCUCGACGUCCUGUAUGCACCUAGAGUCCCCGUGGCAACACUGGUGACGUCUGGUCCUGUUUCUGAUGGCAGGGCUGUGACGUUUACAUGUUGGAGUGAUGCUAACCCUCCCGUGAGCCUCUACACCUGGUACAGGGCCGACAGUGGAAAGUUGACUAAGAAGGGGGAAGGAGAAAUGCUGGUCCUGCAGGUCCAUCAGAACGACAGCGGGGUGUAUCUGUGUGAAGCUCAAAGCCCGAUGGGCUCUCAGAGGUCCCGACCUGUGUCUCUGGAGGUCAACGCCACGACAGGCAGCAGCGAGAGUCUUGUGAUGAUUCCCUACAUUAUAUGUGGAGUGUUGCUGGUCCUCUGCAUUAUGACUGUCGCUGUGGAUGUGUACAAGUAUCAAAGUAUUUCCAGGAGGCUGAAGCAGAUUGAGCUGAAGGGGGAACAAACCUACUCUGAUCUGAGGACCUGCAGUGUCACCGCUGACUACGACCGUCUCCAGCCUCAAAAGCCUAAAACGAUGCCCUCUCCUGACGUUUCCGACUAUGAGAAUACCAUCGCCCUGGAAGCAAAUUUCAAAGAUCAACCGCUGCCUAAGUUGACCUGAAGAAUUGGGUUGAAACGUUCCUUAAAGGAGUCUAAAUGUGUAUGUUAAAGCUUUAGUUUUAAAUAAACAUAACAGGUUAUGUGUCCGUACAUGUCAAAUGUAUCUACUAUAUAUAUUCCUUCUACUUAUUUUUUUUAACAUUCUUUGAAGCCGUGUGAUGCGAAGCUGUAGCUUUUUGAGCUACCUUGGUAACAAGCAGCACACAGUGACAACAUAAACGUAUGUCUUGGUUGGAAAAUGUAACAGCUGCAUAACAUAACUGUCCAUAUAUGAUGAUCUAAUCCCCCUCGCACAGAACCCAGAAUGAGAUCAGAGUCAUGUCCGAGUCUCCGACAGCACACCAAACUCCCACAUCCUCAAGAAAUAUCACAGGAAGCACUGCCACGCCGGUUACUUCAAUCUUUGCUUUCAAUUCACGCUUCAUUUAUUUUCUAUGGUGCCUGUCUGACUGUUGUCUGGCUGUCAUGCUGAAUGCCUGCCUAAUGUGAUUAAAUUGGUGGCAGUUUA